CUACAGGCUUUGUUGAAUCUUGCCGAAAGAUUAAGUGGAAGUGGCAAGCCUCGGGGACUGACGAAGAGUGAAUUUGAAAAGCUGACAGUGUACAGGUUUUCAACAUCAUCAUCUUCACCGGCGUCGGACAUGCAGACAUCGUGUGUCGUCUGUAUGUGUGACUUUGAAGAUCAACAGAUGCUUAGAGUUCUACCAUGCACUCACCAGUUCCAUGCAAAAUGUGUCGAUAAGUGGCUCAAGGUU